CCGCUUUCCCGCAGCCGCAGGUCAUCAAGAUCUCCCCGGUCACCGCGAUCUCCCCGGUCUCCACGGUCCCCGCGGUCCCGCAACCCUAGGCCAUGGCCCCCGCGGCCGCCAGCCCCCCGGAGGUAGUCCGCGCGGCUCAGAAGGACGACUACUACCGCGGCGGGCUGCGGAGCGCGGCGGGCGGCACCCUGCACAGCCUCGCGGGUGCGAAGAAGUGGCUGGAGUGGAGGAGAGAGAUUGAGCUGGUGUCGGAUGUCGCCUACUUUGGCCUCACUACACUGGCAGGCUACCAGACCCUCGGGGAGGAGUACGUCAGCAUCCUGCAGGUGGACCCGACCCAGGGCCGAGUGCCCUCGAGGUUGCGCCGCGGGAUACUGGUGGCGCUGCACACCGUCCUGCCCUACCUGCUGGACAAGGCCCUGCUCCACCUGGAGCACGAGCUGCAGGCCGAUGGUGACGGCGCCUGGCCCUCACGGGGCAGCCUGGCCCCCGGUGCCCGUGGCCAGUCAGGGACAAGACGCUGGAUGCGCCGGUGCACGGCCGCCCUGACGGAGCAGCAGCAGGGGACGCUCCUGCGGGCUGUGUUGGUGUUCAGGCAGGGCCUCGGGUGCCUCCAGCGUCUCCACGUCGCCUGGUUCUACAUCCAUGGCGCCUUCUACCACCUGGCCAAGAGGUUCACAGGCAUCACCUACCUCCGUGUCCGCCAUCCGCUCGCAGAGGACCCUCGGGCCCGUGCCAGCUACAGGCUGCUGGGGCUCGUGUCCCUGCUGCACCUGGCACUGGCCGCGGGCCUGCAGCUCUACGGCUUCCGGCAGAGGCAGCGCGCCCAGAGGGAGUGGAGGCCGCAGCGUGGCCUGUCCCACCGCAGGAGCUACGCAGAGAGAGCAGUUUCCAGAACCUCGCUGUGCACCCUGUGCCUGGAGGAGCGCAGGUACUCGACGGCCACGCCCUGCGGUCACCUGUUUUGCUGGGGCUGCAUCACCCACUGGGCCGACACCAAGAUGGAGUGUCCCCUCUGCAGGGAGAAGUUCCUCCCCCAGAAGCUGGUCUACCUGCGGCACUACCGCUGACCCGACGGAGGGAGGAACCCAGGAGUCUUUCCUGAUGUCAGGAGGAAGUUUAUUCUCAAGGUUGACAAGUUGACUGUACUUGCACAGAAAUCAUGAAAUUCUCAAGUCUUUUAUUCUUUGUCACAGAAGAUACUGUGCCAGCCGCCGGGGAGGACAGGCGCUGGACCUGGACCUGGCCGUGAAAUGGCUUCAGGGCAGGUUGGGCAGGGCCUGCAA